AUGUGUCUACCCAAGCUCUUCCACCACUGUCGUCGGCACAAGACCACCAAGGCGGAUGACUGGGACAGCCGAAUCUCACCAUCACCAUCCGAUUACGGAAGUAUCAGAGUUCACCAGAGUAGUGUGAGCUAUAGUGGCUCUACGCAUUGGUCGGCUGUCCUUGACAGUAUUGCUGAAUUGAAAAGUCUCUUUAUUGAAGAGGACGACGAACAAUUGCAAGAUUUCGACCCUGAUCCUGUCGGCUUGCAGUCAAGCUUUGCACAGCCAACGCUGUUGUACAGCGGAUUGACGCACGAGUCUCUGUCAUCAAUCCUUCAAGCUUUACCAGAACGAAGUAUUGUGGAUAGACUGGUGUCUCGUUAUUUCAACAUACUGGAUAUGGUACCAGGUAUGAUACACAGCGGCCAAUUCCUCCGGGAGGCCUUCACUGAUCCUGCUUAUGCACUACCCCUAAACGGCGGAGAAUACCCCCGCCAGUCCCCUCAAGCUGCGAGAACACAGGCCGAAGUAGAUUUACUCAGAGAAAAGGCAACACAAUGCCUCAAGCUAGGCGAGUACACCAGAGGCGGACCGUACGUCCUGGAGACCUUGAUCAUCUACUUCCUUGGAGAAGUGUUCCACAAGCGGGGGGUGAAUCUUGGUCUCUGGAUUAUUGUGGGCAAUAUAGUACAAAUCGCCCUGCACAUGGGAUACCACCGAGAUGCUUGUCACUACACCAAUAUCUCUCCUUUUGCAGGCGAGAUACGGAGACGUGUCUGGGCCGUGAUUCUCCAGCUGGACUGGAGCUUCGCGACGCAACUCGGUCUCCCCAGACUGAUCAAAGAGACCCACGCUGAUACUCUGGAGCCGCGGAAUCUGUACGAUUCGGAUUUCCACGAGGAUACGGCCGAGAUGCCUCCAUCACGCCCUGAAACCGAGGUCACGCCCACGCUCUACGUUCUCGCCAAACUUCGGCUGCGGGCCGCGGGUCUUGCUAUUCUCGACAAGGCUACCGUGGCCAGCCCGCGAUCCUACGAUGAAGUUCUCGAGCUCGACGGUCGGAUCGAAGCAGCCAGGGAGACUAUUCCGCCCAUAUUCAAAUGGACAGGACUCUCAUCUUCUCUCGGCGUAUCAUCGCAGAUCAUCAUCCAACGGAUGUGGCUGGAGCUAUGUAUCCAGGAGAUGAAGAUGAUGGUCCACCGCAAAUUCCUCGAGUUACCUUACAAUAAAGACCAGCAGUACGCUAAGCCGCGCACCGCCUGCCUUACUGCAGCCAUGAAGUGUCUCGACUUCCAACAGCUCGUCAACGAGGAGACACAGGUGGAUGGCCUCUUAUACCAAGAUCGUUGGAGGAUCUCCUCAGCAGUCAUGAACACCUUUCUUCUCGCCACAAGUAUCUUGUGCUUUUACUUGAAGACACAUACUGGAAUAGAUGGUCAAGGAGGAGGUCUUGGAGAUGUUGCUUCCGUGCCUCUGGACAAAAUCAGGAAGCUCCUGGAAAAAUCUCUUGUCGUAUGGAGCCGUCAGAGCGUGACCUCGAGAGAAGCUCGAAAAGCGGUCGCAGCUCUACGAUAUGUGCUGGGCCAUUCUGAUAAUAAUGCACGAUCAGACUCUCAACCAUCAUCUCACGAGGCAGCACCGCCAACUACCCUUGACGGCUCACUUAUGACAGGGUUUUCGGACUUGAUGCCAGAUUAUGAGCUCCUCAGCCUGGGCCUGGAACCCUCUAAUAUGGGAUCGUCAUGGCAAACCUUUCCGGCAAAUAAUGUUGAUAUGGAUGUUCACAUGGAUGGACACGAUGUAGCGAGCUGGAUACUUCAGAAGAGCCAAAUUUUGAAUCUCAUUAUGCCUCUUCCGAUGGUGCAGUCUUUGUAGCUUCUCUCUCCGUCUUCAAGAAGAACGUCAUCAAGCCCAGAUCAUAUGACGCCUUCAACAUACCCGCCACUGUGAACGCAAUCCAAAAUCGCCCCUCUCCAGCCAACACACCUGUGACCGUAGGCCCGCCACUCUGGCUCAGGGUCUUGACCACGUUAACGAUGCCCAUGACGGCAGUUCUCUCUUCAGCCUGCACUACUUUGCUCAAGAAAGCCGACCUGGGCGCCUGGUCCAUACUCGCCAGCGUACCUCUGGCGACCAACAAGACGACGGUGAGCCAGACGACGUUCGGUGCGGGCAGCAGGGCGAGGAAGAUGGCCGAGGGCAGGUGGGUGAAGACCAUAGUCUUGAUGAGACCGAUGCGCUUAGAGAUGGCGGAGGCGAAGAUGUUGCCGAUGCUGCUCAUGAUCCACACAACGGACAUGAUGUCGCCAAGGGUGCUUUUCGGCAUGUGAAACUUGCGAUCCAUGUAAAAGUUGAUGAGAGAGUAAGGGACCAUGCCGCUGGCGAUGGAGUCGAUGGCGAAGAGCGCGCAGAGUCUGAGGAGGGUCCAGCGUGUUUUUGUCGAGAGCUGUGCAAAACCUCGUUUCGGCUUUGGAGGAGAUGGGGAAGGGCUUCUUGUGGCAGCAGCUG